AUGCCGCCGGAGACGGUAGAGGCCAUCAAGCGGCACCAGCAGUUCCGCCUUGGCAGGCGUCAGGAUGACGCCAGUAACAACACUGUCAUGGAGGAGGCGAUGAUGAGCCCCGUUGGUGCCGGUGCGCCAUCUUUUGUCACCGCCACUGCGGAGGCAGCAGCGGUAGCAGCAGUGCCGCCCACGACAGAGACCGGUGAGCGCGUGCGUGCACGCUUCGUCCAUCGCGUGCGGAAACUGCUCGACAACCCGACUGACCCGCCUAUCGCGAAUGUCACAUCCAACGACCUCGACGCGGUGGCGGAGGAGCUCUGCCGUGACGUGGUGGAACCGGAGGACCGCAAGUACCUUCAGGAGCAGAUAGAGAAGCCGGGCAUGGUGCAGCUUCGCCGCGACCUCGCCACACGCGCGCUAAGUGGGAAGGAUUUCCUAAACCUCCCGCGCUCUGCACUCAUGACGGAGGAAGAGAAGCGUAUGGAGGAGGCACGCAUCACUCGCAUGAUCGAGGAGCAGGACAAGGUGAAGCUGGCAAACGUCGCCGUGACGAGUCUCUUCAAAUGUCCCAACUGUGGAAAGAGCCGAUGCUCCUUCUACGAGCAGCAGACACGAUCUGCGGAUGAGCCCACCACGAAAUUCCUGACAUGUCUGGAGUGUAAGUACGCGUGGACCACGGAGUGA